AUGAUCCAAUCUUUCAAACCACCCAAAUCUCUCCUUCGCUUUGUCAUUUGCUCUCCUCCUCCAGUCUCACCUGCACUCACUUCUUCUCUCAAAUGGGUCUCCACAAAAACCCUCCAAACCCCAUUUCAAUCACAACAAUACCUAAUUCACCAUCUCCAAUAUCUCCUCACUCUCAAAACACACAACAAAAACUCCAAUUUCGAGCACUCUUUAGUCUCAGCUUUAAAAUCCUGCGCAACCCAUUUGGCUAUCUCUCAAGGCCAAGAUGGCCAACAAAUCCAUUGCCUUGUUUUCAAAUCAGGCCUUGUUUCAAACACUUUCAUACAAAACAGCUUGCUUAACAUGUAUUCCAAAUGUGGGUUUUUCGGUCUUGCAAAAUCAUUGUUUGAUUCGUGUCCUAAGUUGGAUCCUGUGUCUUGUAAUAUAAUGAUUGCUGGCUAUGUUCAAUCUGGAAAUUUAGAUGAUGCGCGUAAGUUGUUUGAAGUAAUGCCUCAAAAAGGUUGUGUUUCGUAUACUACGAUGAUAUUGGGGUUUGUUCAAAAUGAUUUUUGGAGCGAGGCAAUUGAGGUUUAUAAGGAAAUGAGAAAUGUGGGUGUGGUACCUAAUGAGGUGACUAUGGCGAGUGUGAUAUCCGCUUGUUGUCAUGUGGGUGGGAUUUGGGAUUGUAGAUUGCUUCACGGAUUGGUUAUCAAGAUGUUGCUUGAUGGGUUUGUUCUUAUUUCAACGAAUCUGUUAAAAAUGUACUGCGCUUCUUCAAGUUUAGGUGAAGCGAGUGCUUUGUUUGAUGAGAUGCGAGAAAAGAAUGUAGUUACGUGGAAUGUAAUGUUAAAUGGGUAUUCGAAGGCAGGGUCUGCCAAUUUGGCUAGGGAGGUGUUUGAGAUGAUUCCGGAUAAAGAUGUGGUUUCGUGGGGUACAAUCAUUGAUGCUUACGUUCGAGUAGAAAGGUUGGGAGAAGCUCUCAUGAUGUAUCAGUUGAUGGUCUCUACAGGGUUGGGACCUAGUGAAGUUACGAUGGCUGGUUUAAUUUCUGCAUGUGGGAGAGCAAUGGCAAUUGGUGAGGGUCGGCAAUUGCACUGUGUUAUUAUGAAGAUAAGUUUUGACUGUUAUGACUUUGUGCAGGCAACAGUUAUCCAUUUUUACUCAGCUUGUGGCAGGAUUAAAGAGGCUUGUUUGCAAUUUGAGUUGGGCAUUAAGGGCCAUGUUGCUUCUCAAAAUGCUCUCAUAGGAGGAUUUAUACGAAAUAGAAUGAUUGAUCAGGCAAGGCAAUUAUUCAAUGAGUUACCUGGGAAAGAUGUUUUUUCAUGGAGUACAAUGAUUUCAGGUUAUGCACACAGUGACCAGCCUAGCAUGGCUUUGGAGCUGUUUCAUAGGAUGGUAGCUAGUGGAAUCCGACCAAAUGAAGUGACAAUGGUGAGUGUUUUCUCAGCAAUUGCUACUUUAGGCACAUUAAAAGAAGGGAGAUGGGCCCAUGAAUAUGUGCUUUAUAACUCCAUCCCUCUAAAUGACAAUUUAAGUGCUUCAAUCAUUGACAUGUACGCCAAGUGUGGUGGCAUCAAUACUGCCUUGGAAGUGUUCUAUCAAAUUCGAGAUAAGGCAUCUACUGUCUCACCUUGGAACUCCAUCAUAUGUGGGUUGGCCACACAUGGACAUGCAAAAUUGUCUAUUGAAAUAUAUUCGGACUUGCAAAGGCGCCAUAUUAAGCUCAAUGCAAUCACUUUCAUCGGUGUCCUCGGUGCGUGUUGCCAUGCUGGGUUGGUGGAGCUAGGGAAGGGCUAUUUUAAGAGCAUGAAGUCCGAACACAAUAUAGACCCUGAUAUUAGGCAUUAUGGUUGUAUGGUUGAUCUCUUGGGCAGAGCUGCACAACUAGAGGAAGCUGAAAAACUGAUACGGAGCAUGCCUAUGAAGGCUGAUGUUGUUAUUUGGGGCAUGUUGUUGUCAGCAUGUAAAACACAUCGGAACGUAAUUAUGGGAGAAAGGGCUGCAGAAAAUUUGGCAAAGUUGGAACCAUCUCAUGGGCCAAGUAGAGUCCUUUUAUCCAGCAUAUAUGCAGAUGCGGGGAGGUGGGAGGAUGCAUUUUUGGUAAGGAGAGCUAUGCAAAGCCAUAGAAUGCAUAGAAUGCCUGGAUAUAGCGGUGUUAUGUGA